CACAAGGUCGUUUACUAAUGGGAAACCAAGAAAAAGAAAAGCCACCUCAGCCGGCACAAGCCUCUCUAACUUGUGUGCCCUGAGGCUCAUCAGAUGCGAAGACCUGGCGGCAAGAUAGGGUGGUCCGCAGUGGCUUCCUAAAGCGCAGAUCCAGGCCAGCUCCCAGCGUGGAAUCCGACCCAUGUACUUCGUCUCUCCACGUGGCAUCAGAUGCUCUGCUGGCUGUCACCGUGAACUCCAGCCCUCGCGGAGCGGACAGUGACCUGGCUGCUUCAGAGUUCGGAGGGGAAUAGCGUCUCCGUACCCUCGUCCCACCUGGGCUGCUCCUCGGACCGCCGCUCGUCCCAGACUCCAGGAGGCGCCACCAAGCCUCGCCAACCCCGCUCCCUAUCUCCGGGAGCCCUCAGCGGGUCAGCCGCGGCGACCGGAAGCUCCGGGCAGAGGUGCUGGUUCCGCCAGCAGCUCUUCCAGCCGAAACUCGGCCGCGGCGGUCGGAGCGGCUGCUACGCCGCACCUGCCCGCGAGAGGGCGCGCUGGGCCCAGGCCGCAGCCGACUGCCGCGCUCUCUGCCCCCGCCCUCCGUCGUCCCCAGACUGCGCUCACCUGUCUGGGCCGCUGGCCCAGGAGGCGGGGGCCGGCGGGAGCCAAGCCGAGGAAAGGGCGGAGCGGCUCUCCGGGCGCGUCAUCGGAGCACCAUGGCGGAGCUAGGAGGUGGCGGCGACGGCCACAGGGGCGGCGACGGCGCAGUACGGAGCGAAACAGCACCCGACAGCUAUAAAGUGCAAGAUAAGAAAAAUGCCUCCAACCGCCCUGCCUCUGCAAUUUCAGGACAAAAUAACCACCACUCAGGAAAUAAACCAGACCCUCCGCCUGUGUUACGUGUUGAUGACCGGCAGCGGCUGGCCCGGGAGCGACGUGAGGAACGGGAGAAACAGCUAGCUGCAAGAGAAAUAGUGUGGUUAGAAAGAGAAGAGCGAGCGAGGCAGCACUACGAGAAGCACCUAGAAGAGCGGAAGAAGAAGUUGGAGGAGCAGAGGCAGAAGGAGGAGCGGAGGAGGGCUGCAGUGGAGGAGAAGCGGAGGCAGAGACUUGAGGAGGACAAAGAACGCCAUGAAGCUGUUGUACGGCGCACAAUGGAAAGGAGCCAGAAGCCAAAACAGAAGCAUAACCGUUGGUCGUGGGGAGGCUCUCUCCAUGGGAGCCCUAGCAUCCACAGUGCAGAUCCAGACAGGCGGUCAGUUUCCACCAUGAAUCUUUCGAAACAUGUUGAUCCCGUCAUUAGCAAGCGGCUCUCCUCCUCAUCUGCAACUUUACUAAAUUCUCCAGAUAGAGCUCGCCGUCUGCAGCUCAGCCCAUGGGAGAGCAGCGUUGUUAACAGACUCCUGACGCCCACACAUUCGUUCCUGGCCAGAAGUAAAAGCACAGCUGCCUUGUCUGGAGAAGCAGCAUCUUGCAGCCCCAUCAUCAUACCCUACAAAGCUGCACACUCUAGAAAUUCGAUGGAUCGACCAAAACUCUUUGUAACACCACCUGAGGGCUCUUCUCGCAGGAGGACCAUUCAUGGCAUAGCGGGCUAUAAAAAAGAAAGAGAGAGAGAAAAUGUACCCUUCCUCACAUCUGGCACCCGAAGGGCUAUAUCUCCAUCUAAUCCCAAAGCAAGACCGCCAGCUCCCUCCCGACUUUGGCUUCCAUCCAAGUCUCUUCCUCAUUUGCCUGGCACACCCAGACCGACAUCCUCCUUGCCACACGGCUCAGUCAAAGCUGCUCCUGCUCAGGUCCGGCCCCCAUCCCCCGGCAACAUCCGCCCUGUCAAGAGGGAAGUCAGAGUGGAGCCUGAGAAAAAAGACCCUGAGAAGGAACCUCAGAAAGUUGCCAAUGAGCCCUCACUAAAGGGAAGAGCACCUUUAGUGAAGGUAGAAGAAGCCACAGUUGAAGAGGGGAAACCUGCUGAACCAGAAGCUGGCCCUGCUGCUCCAGCCACGGCCCCAGUUCCAGUCACGGCCCCAACUCCAGCCUCAGCCCCAGCUCCAGCCCCGGUCCCCACCCCAGCCAUGGUCUCAGCCCCAUCAUCCACUGUGAUUGCCAGUGCUUCUCCUAAGACUUCUGCAGGCACCACCAACCCAGAGGAGGCCACAAGGCUGCUAGCUGAGAAGAGGCGGCUGGCCCGAGAGCAGAGAGAAAAGGAAGAAAGGGAGAGGAGGGAGCAAGAAGAACUUGAAAGACAAAAGAGAGAGGAAUUGGCUCAACGGGUGGCUGAAGAGAGGACUCGCCGUGAGGAGGAGUCGCGCCGGCUGGAAGCCGAGCAGGCCCGGGAGAAGGAGGAGCUGCUGCUGCGGCAGACGGAGGAGCGGGCGCUGCGCGAGCGGGAGGAGGCGGAGCGCGCCCAGAGGCAGAAAGAAGAAGAAGCUCGCGUUCGUGAAGAAGCAGAGAGAGCCCGGCAAGAACGAGAGAAGCAUUUCCAGAGAGAAGAGCUGGAGCGCCUGGAGAGAAAGAAGCGACUUGAGGAGAUUAUGAAAAGAACCAGGAGGACAGAAGCUACAGAUAAGAAAACCAGUGAUCAGAGAAACGGCGAUAUAGCCAAGGGAACUCUCACUGGAGGAACAGAGGUAUCUGCACUUCCAUGUACGACAAACGCUCCGGGAAAUGGAGAGCCAGUAGGCAGCCCACAUGUGGUUACCUCACACCAAUCAAAAGUGACAGUGGAGAGCACUCCCGAUUUGGAAAAACAACCAAAUGAAAAUGGAGUAUCUGUUCAGAAUGAAAAUUUUGAAGAAAUUAUAAACUUACCCAUUGGAUCUAAACCAUCCAAAGUAGAUGUCACCAAUAGUGAGAGCCCAGAAAUUCCUUUGAAUCCAAUUUUGGCCUUUGAUGAUGAAGGGCCACUUGGGCCCCUGCCUCAGGUGGAUGGUGUUCAGACACAACAGACUGCAGAAGUUAUAUGAGUAUUUCUUCUGAAGAACCAAAGCUGAAAUUUAAUGAGAAUUUCUACAAUUAAUGGAAUUCCUUUCAUGCUAUAAAGGAGCAUCCCCUCCGCCAGUUUUCUAAAGAGUUCUUGACCAUCAUUUUGAAAAGAUUUAUUAAAACUAGCUAAAGACAGCAGACUGGAUAGCUUUUCUAAUCAUUUUCAUCAAUAGGAAAAAAGAAAUACGUCUCAUUCUUCAAUACUUUAAAAUGGCUUUUUCCAGUGUGCUCCUUCUUAGCAAUCAAUAUUUUUCUGCAUUCUUUAAAAGACAAGAGAAUUUGGUUAUAAAAGAAAUGGGCUGACUAGGCAUGUUUUUUUGGUCUUAAAAGCUUAACAUGUAAAAUUGGCAAAAAAAUUUUUACCUUUUAUAAUACUUGAAAAAUAAGUACCUCUUUGCUCUACAAGUAGAAUGAAUAGGGGAAGAGUUUAAACCUGUUUAAAUAUUAUUUCAAAGAGCUCUAUUUGUAGAAGCAAAUUAUAGGCAGAUUACCAGGUUCUUAUAAAUACAACUUGUACAUGGACAUUCUGCAAACCCAGCUGUCACGUUUUUCUUGCAACUCCUUUUGCAAAAGCAGACUGAAAUGUUUUAAAAUGUGAAAAAGCAUUAUUUUUUCAAAGCAAGAAAAUAAUUUACUGCCCUCUUACAUAAUGUAUUUAUAAAGUUUUUCCAGAUAAAUUAAUCAAAUCAAUUAGAACAAUGUGACAACAUUACAAAUUUAAUUUGUUAGCUGCAUUCCUUCUGAUGUUACCACGAGAGAAUGUUACUGAUGAUUCAGGGCUAUUUCUGAAGUCUGUAUGUUGCUGCUGUCCCCAGUGAUGGUGGACUUAUCUUUGCCUUACCUGAUCACAAAUUAUGUUGCGGAAAAUAAAGAUUUAAUAUUUCUUUAAAUAGAAAAAGAAUUUGGUUUUGCUCGUUUAAGAGCAAUGAGAAAAUGAUGGAGUGUUGACUGUGUUUGGCACACAGGACACGGACCUUCAUGGAAGUCCUUGCUCUGUGUGGCAUCUGCCAGCUUUUCACCUUUCAUUCUUCUUCUUCACUUUUGCUGCUGAGCCUAGCUGUACAAACUUGCACUUUCAUUUGCUAAUAUAAAUUCAAUGUUAUUUUACCAUUUUAGAGACUACUAAUGAUUAAAUGUAGAAGGAGAGGGUGCACAUGUUUUUAUGUGGAGUGUUAAAAAAGAUAAAUUUAUACCACAGUAACGUGCAGCUUUUCUGAAGAGAGAAAUUGGUUAAACUGCUAGGUUGAAUGACAGACUUCAUCUAUUGGACUAUUUGUUUUAAUCCAGGCAUAUGGUCUUUAGUAACAGCUUUUAAUUUGUUAAAACAUUAAUUUGAGGGUUUUGCCUAUUUUCAGUUGUCCAUGUACACAGUCAUUAUAUUAAAAAAGAAAUCUGUUCAACAAAGUUGUUUCAUUUGUUUAAAUCAACAUAGCAUGAAACACCAAAUAAAAUGUUUGACAUAGUUUUA